AUGGCUCAGAAAGAAGAGGCCGCUGAGGCCGCAGCGCCCGCCUCCCAGAAUGGAGACGAUUUGGAGAACCUAGAAGACCCUGAGAAGCUGAAGGAGCUCAUUGACCUGCCACCCUUUGAGAUCGUCACAGGGGAGCGACUGCCUGUCAACUACUUUAAAUUUCAGUUCCGGAACGUGGAAUACAGUUCCGGGCGGAACAAGACCUUCCUCUGCUAUGUGGUUGAAGCCCAGAACAAGGGAGGCCAAGUGCAGGCCUCUCGGGGCUACCUGGAGGAUGAACAUGCGGGUGCCCAUGCCGAGGAGGCUUUCUUUAACACCAUCCUACCGGCCUUCGACCCGGCCCUGAAGUACAAUGUCACCUGGUAUGUGUCCUCCAGCCCCUGUGCAGCCUGUGCUGACCGAAUUCUCAAAACCCUCAGCAAGGCCAAGAACCUGCGCCUGCUCAUCUUGGUGGGCCGGCUCUUCAUGUGGGAGGAGCCAGAGGUCCAGGCCGCUCUAAAAAAGUUGAAGGAGGCCGGCUGCAAACUGCGCAUCAUGAAGCCCCAGGACUUCGAGUACGUCUGGCAGAAUUUUGUGGAGCAAGAAGAGGGUGAAUCCAAGGCCUUUCAGCCCUGGGAGGACAUUCAGGAGAACUUCCUAUAUUAUGAGGAGAAGCUGGCAGACAUCCUGAAGUAGGCAGCCAAGCUCGGCCUUCUGUCUGUCCGCUGCCACCCAGAGAAGCAGUGACAUGGACGGCAUCCAGGACAUGCCUGUCUUCCCAAUUAUACUUGGAGCUGGACAUUUGACACCAAGCAGUUGUGCUGGAGAAGGCCCUCCCUCCUCGAACUGGAAGCACACCUCAGGCUGUCAUUCACUCAACUGUGCCUUUUGUAAAGUGGCACCAGGCACCUGGGGUGGAGGGUCUCACUGCCUCCCCAGGGGUGUUUUCUGAGACAAAGAUCCUCAGGUUCAAGGACAGACCUUUGCAAGACCUCGAGAAGUGUUCAGAGUUGGGCUGGGUUGUUGUUGGUUUUUUAAAAGGCAAAUUAGUAUCAUUAAUAAAGGAAAUAGUGUGUUUUUUCUGGCCUGUUUUUUUAAAGAAAGUUGGGCAAUGCAAAGUUCCCAUGGACAGUGAGUGGAGAUGGGGCACAGGGACAUUGUAUGCAAAGAACCAAGCCGUGACUUAGGAAGGGAAAGCCAGGUCUUGGCAAUGAGGAUCUAACUCUCUAAGACUCACUUCUCACUAUGGUCCUGACCUUCCAUUUUUUUCUGAGGACUGGGAAAAUGGCAAUGGCUCACUGAAUAAAGCUCUUGCUGUAGGCGUGAGAACCAGGGUUCAAAUCCCCAGAACCCAUGCAAAGAAUGCAGUAGCAUGAGUCCUUAAGCUUAGCACGUAAUAAAAAAUGAACGAGAUCCCUGCAGAUGCGCUAGCCAGCCUGGCACACCCAAUGGCACCAGGAGA